GGCCCAGCCUAGGGGCGGAGAUUAGGUGAUUGGCAACAACGCGUCGGGACCGCCAAGCUGGAAGCCUGAGUAGCUGAGAAGAAGGCACCUCGCUGCCGCCGGGCGGAGUGUGCUUUAUGGACCAUGUGCUGCUAUGUAUGCCUGAAGUACUUGAAAUGCAAAUUUGGAGAGACUUUGCCAUCUAAAUGCUUGGCUGGAUUAAACGCCUAAUUAGGAUGGUUUUACAACAGGUUGGAGUAAGCAUGCAAUCGGUACUUUGGUCUGGGAAGCCAUAUGGUUCAUCUCGAAGUAUUGUAAGGAAAAUUGGUACUAAUUUAUCUCUGAUCCAGUGUCCAAGAGUUCAGUUUCAGCUCACCAGCCCUACCGCAGAAUGGAGCCCCAGUGACCCAGGAGAGGAUGCAGUGGUGUCUUUUGCUGAUGUUGGAUGGGUGGCCACAGAAGGAGGCGAGUGUUCCACAAAACGAAGGACAGAGGUCCAGUCCCUGCAGGACGAUCCUCCUUUCUCCGAGAAGCCCCUAAGCAGGCCGUUUUCCUUACCGAACCUGUCUCCAGAAGAGUCUCCACUGAAGACACCACUGGCGAACGAGGAAGCACUGCAGAAGAUCUGUGCUCUUGAAAAUGAACUUGCUGCUCUCAGAGCUCAGAUUGCCAAAAUUGUGAUCCUGCAAGAACAACAAAAUCUCAUUACAGGUGAUUUAGAUUCUACCACUGUUACCCCAGCACCACCUUUUGUCCCUCCACCCCCGCCUCCCCCACCACCCCCGCCUCUACCCGCACCCCCCCAAAGCACAUCUGCCAUCGAUCUGAUCAGAGCACGAAGAGAGAAAAAAGCCUGUGCUGGAAAGACUUCGGACAAGAGCAGCCCAAAGAAACCUGAUAUGCCAAAUAUGCUAGAGAUCCUUAAAGAUAUGAACAGUGUAAAACUUCGGUCAGUAAAAAGAUCAGAACAAGAGCUAAAGCCCAAACCGGUGGACACUUCCGACCCUGCUGCCCUCAUCGCAGAAGCUCUGAAAAAGAAGUUUGCGUACCGGUAUCGAAGCAACAGCCAUGGUGAGGCCGAGAAAGGAGCUCCACAGCCUGCACCGGAGGCCACAUCCGAGACCGUGCUGUUUGGGCCCCACAUGUUGAAGUCUACAGGAAAAAUGAAGGCUUUGAUUGAAAAUGUUUCAAGUUCCUAGUAGACAAUAAGCCAAGAAAGACUGUACUGGUUCAGUUGUUGGUUUGUUAGGGCUGUUUGGCUAGUAGAAAUCAACACUAUUUAGUAAAUACUUGAAUUUAGUAUUCAGUAGUCUCCUUUUAAAUCUGACUAGAGGAUUAAGCAAUAACAAAAGCACUCUAAGUUUGCUUUUGAGAAGGUCAUUUCUGAAGUUUUCCAGAACAUGCAUGAAUUCUGACAUGUUUUUAAUGUGUAGUAUGUUUAGAUUUCCAAUCUUGAAAACAAUUAUACAGAUUUGUAGAUGUGAGUUUUUAAUUCUUAACACUACCUGUACAAGUGUUCUAUACGCAUAAUUUGGAUAUAAAACAAUCUGUAAAAUUGUAUAAUGAGGGUACUGUUAUCAUUCGUUUUCAGUGAUCAUUUACUAUUCAAUGAUGGAAGAGCUGGCAUAACAGUUUGUUGGAGUGAAAUAUCUGAGAUUGGAAUCUUCUUACCUUGAGCAGAACUGUUACACUCUCACGUGUCUUGGAGAUGGGUUGACUAGGACCCAGAUAAUGCUCACUACUAAAGUUCCAUAAUGCUUUCCUUCAGAAAGGGAAGGCGGGGACCACGAAGCCGGCUUUCACCUCAGUGCCGUCAGUGCUGAGGAGGAAAGCGUAGUUUUCAAAUAGUGAAUCUCUUUUUUAAGUAAGCUAUUUUCAUUUUAGUAAAUGGCAUCAUAAAGAUGACUUGUUGCUAAAUUAAUACUUAUGGAAAUUGCCAGCAUAAUGGAGUUUACUAUUUUGACCAAUAUCAAAACAUUUUUAAACACUGAAUAGGCGAAAGAAUUUCCUCUAUGUUGUUCGUCAUUGGUCAGAAUGCUGUUCUCUUGAAUUACAUUAUGCACCAUAAACCUUAGGUGUUAUUAGAAAGUGGAGAACUGCCUUUCUCGGGCUUCUAAUGAAUUGCUGUAAGUGAUCCUUUUUAAAUGCUUGAUAAUAAAUCUUCAUGAUUUUCUGUAUUUGUUAAACUCAGCUAUAUAUAGUUAAUGCCAGAAUCUCCUACUAUAAGUAAAUAGUUGAGUUUAUUAUUUAAAUAUAGUUUUAAAAGUUGUAUUUCCUUGGGUGAGGGGGGGAUUGGGAGAUGGGAAGAGUAGACAGACAUUCACUUUUAAGUUAUUGGAAAUAUGUGCAAUGCUCUGGAUAUUAGCAAAUAUUAAGGUAAUUUACAUGGUUUGGCUAUUCAGCUUAAAUUUGAACCGUCUCUUAUUUUACACAUGCUGUUUGAUGUACACAGUUUCUGAUUGUUUUAUAUGGUUUAAAAAUUCUGCCUUUAAGAGACAUUCAGAAAGUUCACCUGACAUAUUUUGACCUCCUAAGAAAUUUAUAUUUGUAUCAGUAUUGAGUUUUGGUCAGUGCUCCAAUACAAGGAAGUUACUGUUUUGAAAUAAAGCAAACCUUUGUUUUCCUUGGACCAUAAA